GCCCGCCGUAUCCACUUCUCCGCACCCCGUCGCGCGCUGGUAACAUCGAACCAGCACCCCGCCUCCUCCACUGCCGGGCAGACUGGACUGGAGAUCUGUAGACUUCGAUUUCGUCGAUCAAGCAAGAAGGCAGUAGAGAAGAAUCGAGGGAUGUCGCUGGGCUAUGCUGAGAAGCUGUCGUACCGGGAGGAUUUGGGCAGCGUAGGCAUGCCUGAGAUGUUCGACUCCCCCAAACUCCUCCAAGGAAAGAUAGAAGAGCUUGCAAUUAUGGUGCAAAAGAGUAAGCAUUUUGUGGUGUUUACCGGAGCAGGGAUAUCAACAUCAUCAGGCAUACCUGAUUUCCGAGGGCCAAAGGGUGUGUGGACUCUGCAGCGUGCAGGAAAAGGUGUUCCUGAUGCUUCACUCCCAUUUCACCGAGCAGCUCCAACCUUGACACAUAUGGCACUAGUUGAGUUGGAAAGAGUAGGACUCCUAAAGUUUGUCAUAAGCCAGAAUGUUGACAGCCUACAUCUGCGUUCUGGCUUCCCAAGGGAGAAGCUGGCUGAACUGCAUGGGAAUUCUUUCAAGGAGAUCUGCCCAAGCUGUAAAACAGAGUACCUACGUGAUUUUGAAAUAGAGACAAUAGGACUGAAGGAUACCCCGAGGCGUUGUACUGAUAAGAAUUGUGGAGCUAGAUUAAAAGAUACAGUUCUUGAUUGGGAGGAUGCUUUGCCCCCUGAAGAGAUGAAUUCUGCCGAGGAGCAGUGUCGAGCAGCUGAUCUUGUCCUAUGUCUAGGAACUAGCUUGCAGAUUACUCCUGCAUGUAAUAUGCCUCUGAUGUCUAUCAAGAAUGGGGGGAAAGUGGCUAUUGUUAAUCUUCAGGCAACUCCGAAGGAUAAAAAGGCAAGCCUUGUCAUCCAUGGGCUUGUGGAUAAGGUCAUUGCUGGAGUGAUGUGCAUUCUGAAUCUGCGCAUCCCUCCAUAUAUACGUAUUGACUUCAUUCAGCUUCUUCUUCGGCACACAGUCAAAAAGAAAUGUGUAAGAUGGACUCUGCGGGUAACAAGCAUUCAUGGCGUGCGAGCACCACUGUCAUUUCUUCAGUCAAUCGAGGUUUCCUUUCCGGAAAGACCUGACAUGAAACCUGUAGUGCUUAUGGAGCAACCAUUUUCUUUGCAGAGGGAAACAUCGAUGACUAGCAAAUUUUUCAUGUUGCUGACAUUGAACUUCAGUGAUGGUUGUGGCUGCUCUAGCUCAUCAAUUGAAUGCUACGUUAAUUUUCAGAAUCAAAAGGAGAGCUUUGUUAGAGAUAGAGGCCUAGUACUGCAGGAGUUGAAGUGUACUGCAGAGCGCCAGUGUUGUGCUGGACAGCAAUCUAUUCUUGAAAGGGAGAGUCUGCCACGAGCCGAGACAUCUAGACAUGCGUUUGUGACCAACAUUGUGAGAUAUGACUCUGAAGAUUCCGAAGAUCUCAAGGGGGCAGAGCCCAAGGGUUCUUGUAUGGACAGCAGCAGCAACCUUACGAAACGGCACAUGGAAGGCCCUAGUGGCUGCUCGGUGACACAAAAGAAGCUCAAGAGCUAACCAUCUGUGUCUAGUUCUCUGGUCUUUGUUUUGAGGGAGUUGUCUGACUUAGUAGAUCUGGGAGAAGAUUGCAAUAGCGACGAUAAGGUGCAGCAGAGUUACAUGAAUGAAGGAAGAGAAGGUAGAGCAAACUUGGUGCAUAGAGAAGCGACCAUCCCAAGGGAAAGUGGGAAACUGGUUGAAAUACUUAGAUUAUAAAGUAGUAGUAUUUCUGUGUCGGGUUCUCUGGUUCAUUUUUGAAGGAGUUAUUUGACUUUGUAGAUGUGUGAGAAGAUUACAAUAGCAAUGGAAGGUGCAACGGAGUUAGAUGAAUGAAGUAAGAAAAGGUAGAGUAAACUUGGUGCAUAGCGAUGAGACUCUCUUGGGAAACUGGUCGAAACGCUAGAAUGUAUCCUCCUGUAAAGCUCUCGGAGUUGAGGAACUUCUGAAAUACUUGGUUGGUAGUGCUGUUUAUCUUAUUUUUUAUGCUGCAUUUCAGAAGUUAACGGAUUGCUAAUUAUAACUC